AGCUCAGUAGCAGUUCUAGUGGCAACUUCUCAGUCGUCGCUGCACAACACUGGCGCGCUAAACAAGCCUCAGGUUCUUUGCACACUUUCGGCUGCAAAUACUAAAUUGAAACCAGUUCGGCAGCGUGAGGCAACGCCGCAUUGUUGUUUACACGCUACAUUUAGCAACUGCUGCAGCGGAAGCCAACAGCUGUCUUUAAUGUACACAUUCAAAUUCGAAAGUCGGCCGAAAUAUUUGGGCUAACAUUUGCCUUUGCCGCCAACGUACGACGCCCGCCGUAUAGGGCCACUACUGCAGCCACUUUCACCACGAGGCCAAAACGGCGUACGGCGGAGCAGUUAGUUGGUACAAGCUUACUGGGCCCGAGCACGGAGUGUGCAUGUGGGUAUGUGCAGGCUGUUUGUUGUUGACUUGUCAAGUUAGCAUUUAUCAGCGAGUGAGGAAAAUACGCAGCGUCGAGAGUGAUUUGUGAGUUGGAAAUCAGUUUAAGCUCGUCAUUGAAGACGCAAGAACUACACGCACAAACGCACACUAACACAAACACACGCGCACUAAUUGCAACGAUGUCAGAUAACGACGACGAGAAAUUGUGUUUCUAUGGCAUCUGGGCGCGACUCUUGCCUCUCGCCUUUAUCGCCUGCGCGGUGGUGUUGUUCUUAUGGCUGCUACGCAAAUUCAUACAGGGUCCACGUUAUCGCAAACCGAAUCGCAUAGAUGGCAAAGUGGUUAUUGUGACCGGCUGCAAUACGGGCAUCGGCAAGGCGACCGCUUUGGAGCUGGCGCGUCGCGGUGCACGCAUCUAUAUGGCCUGUCGUGAUGCGGUGCGUUGCGAGGCGGCACGUCUAGAAAUAAUCGAGCGCACAGGCAAUCAGCAUGUCUACAAUCGUACGCUGGAUCUCGCUUCGUUGGCGUCGGUGCGCCAAUUCGCUACACGCUUUCUGGGCGAGGAGCAGCGGCUGGAUAUUUUGGUGAACAAUGCUGGCAUUAUGGCUACGCCACGCAAACUCACCGUCGACGGUUUCGAACAGCAGUUGGGCGUUAAUCAUUUGGGACACUUUUUAUUGACAAACUUGCUGCUGGAACGCUUGAAAUGCAGCGCACCCAGCCGUGUAGUGGUCGUCAGCUCUGCUAUGUACCUUUUUGGACGCAUCAAACGCAAUGAUCUGAAUAGCGAACGCAGUUAUUCGAGCUUUUUCGGCGCAUAUUCGCAAAGUAAGUUGGCGAAUGUUUUGUUUACGCGCAAAUUAGCUGAGUUGCUGCACGGCACGGGCGUCACGGUGAAUUGCUGUCAUCCCGGCGUGGUGCGCACUGAGUUGGUACGACACAUAAAGUUUCCCGGUUUCGGCUUACUACACUAUUUGGUGCAGUUCUUCUGGAAAUCGCCGGAGGAUGGCGCACAAACGCAACUACGUUUAGCGCUCGAUCCGGCGUUGGAGCAAUGCAGUGGUGGGUACUACAGCGACUCGUUGCGUUUGCCUGUUAUGCCGUGGGCGAGUAAUAAAGAUACAGCCGAUUGGUUAUGGGCGGAGAGCGAGAAAUUGGUGGGUCUGCGGGAGAGUGUGAAGCGCAAUGAAAUGGAAACGGUGACGGUGACAGUGACGUCGCCUUAGUGAGCGGUAGAAAUAAAUUUAAAUAUUUUUUUACACAACUUUUUUAUAUGAUAGCGGUAAAUUGUGCUUGGUGAAUAAGUGAAAAUAAAAA